GCGGGCCCUCGGCAGCACCUGAAGGCCUGGAAGUUCGAGCCCUCGGGCCGCUCCUUUGUCAUCUCGCCGGUCCGGCUGUGCGACGGGCAGGGGCAGCUCAGCUCGGCGCAGCUGCAGAGGACCGCCAGCUACCUCAUCCUGCACCUGCGGGGCGACGGCCCCCCCCCCGCGGAGCCGCUGCCGGGCCAGGCGGCCGCGGCGCUGGAGGAGCUCGCGAGCCACGCGGAGGCCUCCUGCUCCCCCCGGGGCCUCAGCAUCGAGGUGUCUUCCCGGGCGGACGACCGCUGCGCCGGCCCGGGGGCGCAGCUCCGCUUCGCGGUGUUCGUGUGGCACGGCCUCCGCGUGGAGCCGCUCAUGAAGGCCCACGUCUUCGCGAAGGCCUUCGAGCUCGACCGGGUGCUUCGUGCCGGCCUCCUGUGGCAGCGCGGCUUCCUGGACACCCUGAGCUCGGCGGUGCCGCUGACGGCAGGCCGCGCCGCGGACCAGCAGCGCAGCCGGCGGCGACGCGGCCGCGCGCGCGGCGGCGGCACGCCGCCC